AUGGUUUCCCAAGUUUCUUUACUAUGUUUGGCCGUGGUGGUGGCCGCUGCUGUAGCUCAACCUAUCGGUGGCGCUGGUAUGCCAGGUGGCCAAGUUGAACAAGAUGCACAAGACCCAGAGUAUACCGUAAGUUUAUGUUUUUGAUUAUUAUAUAUCAUCGGGCAGAAUCUACAGUGAUUUUUAGUAAAAAGUUUAUUGCUUUUGGUGUUUUGACUUUUGGAUUCAAAAAACUAUCCAACUAGCUAUAACAACACCACAAUUUCAAUCUUUGGACUUUUAAUUAGCUCAAAACUGUUUUAAAUUCUUUUAAAAUUAAAAUUUUGAACUUUCAGGAGCUGGCCAAGAAGUCCAUGUCCCAAUACGCUGCCAAAACCAACGCCAACUACGAGUUUGUUCGCGUUAAAAGUGUCAAAACUCAAGUUGUAGCCGGCUCUCUGACCACAAUUGAGUUUAUUGUCAAGGACAAUGGCCAAGAACAGUGUCUCAAGUCAGAGGUCUUGUCCCAGCCGUGGUUGAAUGUGGAAGAACACAACGUUACUCAAUGUUAA